AGACUAAGUCACAAUGCCGCCAUUAGAUUGGGAUCGUGUGAUGGGCCUUAAGGCAGCGGAUGUGGAUGAAGAAGCUGCUGAUGACCUGUUUGACAUGUUUGUUAAGUAUGACCCGGGGAAAGAAAAUGAAGCCGAACGACUUAGACAACUGUUUCGCCUCACUCAAAGUGUAAUGAAAAUUAAACAUGAGUUGUUGGAAGAGCUCAUGGCGGAGAUGGAAAGUCAAGCUAAAGCGGAAGGGAAAAAUGAAGGAAAGAAAGAAGCAGAAUUGUUUGCGAAGAUUGAUGAUUUGGAGAAGGAGAAUCGAGAGCUUAAGCGUUUUGGUACUGAUGCAAAUGCACCAAGAGAUACCCGUGUGCUCAGAGAUGAAAUACGAGAUUUGGAACAGCAGAAUGAAGCACUUCAAAGGGAGAUAAAAGAUAUUCAGAGAGAUCUUGGUGAUGAGAAAAGAGCAACAGAAAGGUAUAGCAGCCGAAAUGCGGAACUGGAAAAGGAACUGAAUGAGCUGAGGAGAGAUAAUGACCAAAUGAGGCAGGACAUCAGUGACUACAAGAUGCAGCUUCAGUCCCAGAGAGAUAAUAUUAACCUGAGGCGUGGAGACGAUGCCCACUUCAGGGAGAAGAUGGCCAAGAAGAACCAUGAGUUAGCUCAGGCUCUGGAGGAGCUUCAGAAUCUAACAGAUGUGAACGAGGCUCUGCAGGCUAAGUGUGAUGAUCUUCAAGCCAAACUGACAGAAGCCAUCCAGGAUAUGGACAGGAAUACAGAAGACUACAUCAAACUCAAGGCUGUAUUGCAGCAAUCCGAUAGUGUCACAGAUAAGCUGAGAGAGGAAAAUGAAAUCCUCAAAGCUCAGAAUGCUGACCUCACAGAGCAGGUCCGUGCUAAGACGGACGCUGACGAUGAGAUCAUGGUGGCCGUCAACAACAAAAUAGAGGAGUGGAAGAGUAUACUGUCGGCCAAAGAUGACGAGAUUGUCGAGUAUCAGGAGCAAAUAUUCCGGCUUCGUGAUCAACUAAUAGCUGCUAACAUGGACACAGACAAGACCACAGUGGCUACUCUAUCUCAGGUUGUGAAGGAAAAAGAUGAGCAGAUUGAGAUGUUGACAGAACAGCUAAAACAAGUGACCAAUGAAAUGGAGGCAAAUGCGUCAGUCAUUGAUGACCUGAGGGAUGAACUUAAUAAAGGUGGGCUUGGGGCCUCUGAAAGACUGCAGUAUAAGUUGAGGGAGUUACAGACUUCGCUCAGAGAUAAGGAAGGGACCAUCCACAGUGCAGUGGCUAAGGCUACAAUGGCAGAGUCUGAUGCCAAAGAGAAGGAUAAGGAGCUGAGUGAGGCCUUGGAGCGAAUGAGACAGUAUGAAGCUGGGGAGUAUGGUUUGGCAGAAGCUGUGGCUGAAAUCAAAGAGUGCAAAGCUCAGAUCAAAGUCAGAGACAGGCAAAUUGAAGAGCUGACUCAGCAUGUGAACAAAUGCGAAUUAAAGUUCAAUGACCUACUUGACGAGAACGAAAAUCUGAGAGAGAGGCUAGGACUGGACCCACGGGAACCUGUUGAUGUGUCAGAGUUCAGAAAGGAUAAGGACAGGAAGAAGGAGGAAACCAAAGCUCUGAAUAUUAUCCUCCAGAAAGAGGUUGAAAGGCUGGAGGAAGAAAGGCUUGAGCUGAAACAGAAAAUAAGAAGACUUGCUCAACAAACAGGGCAGAGAGCUGUUGCCCUGGGCUUGGAGGCUGAGGACAUGAUGGCUAUACAAGACUUUACAGAAGAAUUGAAGACCAGGAAAGUGGAAGGUAUUCCCUCGGAAGUCCCCUUCUCCUCGCGGUCUAUCCAGCCUCUGUCCUCUGCAGCCAGGAUCCACCAGGAGGUGCAGGGUGAAGAAAUGGCUUUACGAAAUCAGCAACUGGGUGCUGACCUGAGCCAGAACUUUAAGCAGAUAGACCAGUUACACAUGGAUAAUGUGAGAUACAAGGCCAGGUAUGAGGAGUUGGAGAAUCACAACAAACAGCUGGAGCAAGGCAUGAGGGAAAUCAUGACAGCGUUGAAAGAGAAGAACGAAGGACAGGAAGGUGAAAUGGUGAUUCAGUGUCCAUCUCUGGAUAAAAUGUUAGCGGCUAUUGAGGCACGUAACCUGGUGGGUAACUACGACACAUCCCUGUAUCUGAAGGCACAGGUGGAUAAUCUGCAGGGUCGCAACGACGAACUGAGGGCCGCAUUCAGGGAAAUCAGGCUGGAGGCCAGCAAGACUAAGCUGGAACUGGACAAAACCUGGGAAAAGGUGGAGAAGUUGGAGGCUGAUAAUAAAGUGUUAAGAGAGACAGGCCUUGGCGGAGGGCUGUUUCAGGCUCUGCCCCUCCCUGGGGGAAUGGCCGUUACCAGCUCUGAGGUCAUCUCCAGUCUUAAUGAGCACCUGGUUGUCAGCUUACAGGAAAUGUCUCUGAAAGAAGAGAUGGUCGUGAAGAUGGAAUCUGCGCUGGAGAACUACAGACGCAAGUUUGCUGUAAUGAGACAUCAGCAAGGACUCCUCUAUCAGGACUACAUCAAAGACAAAAAGGAAUGGGAUGAAGAAGUAGGAAAACUGAAAGAGAAGCUGAGUUCUGUUGAAGGUUACAGAGAAGAAGACAAAGUCAAACUACAGGAAUUUGAUAGACUGUUAGACACGCUCUCCCAUGACGAUGUGGAGGUACGGCGAAGACUGUCCGAGAUGACCAGAAAGGUGACUGUUCUGCGCGUGAAUGAGAAGGCUCUGACACGACGUUACCAGACCAUGGAGGAAGUACAGGGAACCUUGAGAAAGGACAAUAACCAGCUUAAGAAUGAGAUGAUUCAGAUGGAGAAGGCUGUAGCCGAGAGGCUGGGGUAUCUGCAGAGAUACAAGGACAUGGCGGUGUUUAAAAUCGCAGCACUUCAGAAGGCUCUGGAGGAUUCUGUGCCAACUGAAGACCUGGAAAAAGCUAACAAGGAGUUCCAUGAGCUGACGGAGAAGUGUGACAUGCUGGAGAAAGGCAACAGCCUGGUGGAGAAAACUGAGGCUCUGACAGGGUUAGAGGAAGAGGUAAAAAGAUUAUCUAUAGUCAAUGAGGAGCUAAAGAAGACUCUGGAGAUAGAGAAAGAGAGACGGUACACACUGGAAGGGGCCAUGGAGGACUUGCAGAGUCGAGGUGUAACAAAGGGUAGUGGUGUGAUGGACCAGCAUGUGGUGUCCAUCUCUAAGAAGCUGACCAUGCUGGAGAUGAAGGAGCUAAAUGAGCGACAGCGGGCAGAACACGCCGUCAGGAUGUACGAACAGCAGAAGGAUAUCCUUCACAACUUAGAACAGAGAAACUCAGACCUGGAGAAAAAGUUUGCUGAGGUUACAAAGAUAAAUUUGGAAGCUCAAAAAGUGGAGAGGGACUUGCGUGAUGAACUGGCCACGUGCGUGACGAAGGCUGUCAGUGAUGCAGACAGGAAGAAGAUAAGUAACCUGGAGGAAGAUCAAGCCAAAAUGAAACAGGAAAUUUCUAAGCUCAAGGAAAUCGCUGAGGUGGCCAGCUCUCAGGUGAGCAUGUUGGAGACACAACAGGUGAGCCGGGAUAAGGAAGUCCGCUCACUCCGACAGCAGCUGCUUGAUUUCCAGGUACAAAGUGAUGAGAAGACCAUUAUUGGCAAACUGCAUCGGCACAUUGUCCAGCUGCAGAUAAGUGAGGGAACUGCUGUUAGGAAGCUGGAAGAAUCAAGAAAGAAGAACAGCAAGCUGGAAGCUCAGGUGGUGCGACUUGAACAGAGGCUGGAUGACAAAGACCAGACAAUCUACCACAACAGGGUUGAGUCUCAGAACAAACAGAAAUACCUCAAACAGAGUCUGCAGGAGUUACGCCGUCAGUUUGCGGGGGCGGUGCCCUUAUCCAGACAAGAGAAGUUCUCCAAAGCCAUGGCACAGCUACAGCAGGACAAGCUGACCACUGAGAAGGAUCUAAAACUGGCUAAGGAACAGAGACUUGCCACAGAAGAUAAGCUAGCUGCCCUGGAGCUCCAGCACACCAGUCUCCAGGACCUCAUCGCCACCCUCAAGGAUGGACGGGGUGCGCAGAAAGUCAUGGAGUGGCACAGUAAGAUGGACAUUCUGAGACUGGAAGAGCUACGACAGAAGCGACAGAUCAACAGACUACAACAACAGAUUAAGUACCAGGAAGGGCUGGUGAGGACUCACGAGGCCACAAUACAGGAGCUGGAGGCUGAGAAUGUGAAACUGACCAAGAUGCAGGAUGACAAGCAGCUGAGGUGGGAACAGAGAGAGGUAGAAUUGGAGAGGGCUGUGGCUAACAUGGAGAGACACACAGCCGAGAUUGCAGGGGCAGCAUCACAGUUUGAAGAGGCUGUAGGAUCUAUCCCAGACUCCUCUCUGCCAGUUGCUAACCAGCUAGAGAUGGCUAUCACAACCAUAAAGAGUAAUGUCAAGCUGAUCCUGGACACCAAGGCAGAAAACGCAGCCAACAAAAAGAGGGUGCAGGAAUUGGAGGCUGCCCUGAAGGAAGCUGAGCGCACACUCCUGGCCAGGGACAAGCUGGUGUCAGAGAUGAGGCUGAGGAUGCCAGCUACGGCUGACCGGGAUGACUUCAUACAGAAGGCUACUCAGCGGGCAGAGUACAGUACCCCACUGGGCAGUAGUAAACAGGAGGAGUAUGAGAGUCAGCAGGCCUUUAAGGUGGCUCAGUCAACCAUAGCCAGUCUACAGGCCAGAAUAGCUACCAAAGAGGAGACAAUCCAGAAGUACCAGGAUUUGUUGAAGCAGGCACGGGAUGACAUGCAGGAGAUGAAUCGUAAACACGAGACUGAGCUCAAGGUCAUGCAACAGAAGAUCCACAUGAGUACUGACGCGGCAUUCAAUCGCUUCAAGGAGGCAGCGAAAGAGAUGUUACAUAGGCCUACUGCUGAUUUACCUAGCAACAAACAGUUGCGACGUUUGAAUGAGCUGGAAGACAUGGUAGCAGAACAGGAUAACAACAUGGCUGUCAUGGCAGAGAGAUUACGCCACAAGGAAACAGACAUCGUUAACCUAAAGGUCAAAAUACAAGACGUCAGCCGGGAGCUUAUCAAGGAAAAAGAGAAGCAAACUGAGGAGUACAAGGUGACCUGUGGUAAGCUGGAGGAUGAGAUAGAGGAGUACAAACGGGAAAUGGCGGCUCAGAGGAAGGAGAUACAGAUCCUCAAUGAUGAGAUAGCGGCUCUCAAGGAAGCUAAUACCAGGGCUCCUACGGUCACCAUGAAGAACCUGGUGGAGAGACUGAAAAACCAGCUGGCUCUCAAGGAGAAGCAACAUCAGGCCCUGAGUAAGGCUCUGACAGAGCUGAGAGCAGACAUGGUCACCCAGGCCCAGGAAACGGUCAAGGCGCGGUCAGAAGGUCACCAGGUGGAGUCUAAUGUCCAGGUGUUACUGGAGAAACACACCAAAGAACUACAGACUCAGGUAGAAGAAAUUCAGAAUCAGAAUCAGCGGCUGAAGAAAGAGAUACGGAAGAAGAAAGACUCUGAGAGCACACUUCACAAUGAGAUGGAGGAGCUUAGAGAUGAAAUGUCCCGUAAGGAGAGUGCUAUUUCAAGAUUAAAGUCUGACAAACACCGUCUAGAACAGGAUGUAGAAGAACUGGAGAAGAAAAUAGAGAGGAUGCACACCAUGAGGUCACAGAAAUCUGAGAAUGAAGCCAAACAGAGGGAGGUGGAUGAAUUGAGAAGACGAGUUAAACUCUUGGAAGAUGAACUGAAGCGUAAGUCACAGCAACCAGAAAAACCUUUUGAGGAACCCAGAGAUAAAAAGGCGGAUGAACUGGCCCGAUGGGAAGAGAGCAAGAAGUGGCAGAAGACAGUAGACAAGAUGAAAUCUAAACUGAGAGAGAAAGAUUCUGAGAUAGAGAGACUUCUGAGGGGAAAUGAAUUGAUGAAAAAUGCACUGGACAGGGCGCAACGUGAGGGCAUCGACACUAAGGCUCCCAUACGCCCCGUGACCACGGCACCUCUGCGCAGUGUGCUGGGUAAACCUGAACAUGAGCUGGAAGACUUGAGGCAGAAAAACUACCUGCUGGAGGAAGAGGUGAUGCGCCUGCAGAGGAAACUAACGAUGGAGAAGGACGUGUCCAUGACAGAUCUCCAGCUGAGAAAUGCACAGCUUAAUGACCAGCUUCAGCAUAUGGAGAAAGUGCUUACAGCUAAAGUUUCCUCCUCAGAGGGCCCUGGGACACAGGCUUACCAGGAGCUGUAUAAUAAAUACCAGGACUCCCAGAGGAAGGUGCUUAAGUUGUCAGAAGAGAACCUGGAGAUGAAGUUUGAGCUGGAGCAAAACAGGAAACACACACCCAGACUCAGGGAGAGAGUUGAUGAUUUACAGAAGUACGUAGACGCUCUGAAGCUUGAGAAUGCUGAGUUGUCUGGUAAUGCCAGUGCUAGGUCUUCACUGUUGUCCGUGGGAUCAAACAUCCGCAGGAUUGGGGAGAGUGGGAAGAGUACAAGAGAACUGGAGAAGACCAUCGCCCUACUGAAGAAGGUUGUGGAGCGAGUACAGGCAGAGAAUGAGCAGCUAAAGAAGGCCCCUGGGGUGGUAUCAUCAGAGCAGCUUGCCAUGUUAAAGAGAGAAAAUGAUGGGCUAAAGAGCCAGCUGGGGGAGUUGCGUGAGAAUAUGGGCUCAGCUCUAAGUGAGAGAUACACCUCACAACAGAAAGGUACUGCCAAAAUCAUGUCUGACUACGAGAAACUACGCAAAAGCUAUAUGAAGGAGAAGGAUGUUAGUGAGAAGUUGAGGGUUGAGUUGAAAACAGUGGAGCUUGAGAGAGAUCAGCUGAUGCAGGACAAGCAAGAGGCUGAGUCUAAACUAGAGUCAGAAACCAGCAAAAAGCCUGGCUCAGACGGAUUGGAGUCCAAGGCGAUCAAGUCGUCAUUCCUCACACGAAAGCUGGAGGAUAAAGUGAAGAGUCUGGAGCUGGAUGUGCAGAAAAAGGGUAAAGAGAUAACUGACCUGAAGGCCAUGUUACGUGACGCUGCUUCUGUAGAACAGCAGCUGGUGGAGGAGAAACAACAACUCCUGGAGAAGGUGUCUGUACUGGAAAGUUUACCUGGGGGCAGCCAGAUGACUGAUGCAGCUGUGAUGAGGGAAUAUCAGCAGACCAGGCUUAGAGUGGAGAGGCUGGAGAAGGACAAAGCUGAGCUGCUCCAUGAGGUGGGACUGUAUUGUGAGAAAAAACAUGGAAAUGCUGAUCUGCCUGGAGAUGAUAUCCUGUCUAAGGCCAGCGGUUAUGAUCGGGUCAUGCGUGAAAAUGUGGAGGUCAGGAUGCAACUAAAGUCUGCCCUUCUGGAGAAAGACAAACUCAGAGUGGAGACAGACAAGUUGAGGAAAGAGUUGGAGAAUUUUGGACCUGAUUUCUUCGAGGAAAUAGAAGACUUAAAAUACAACUACAAAGAAGCCGUCCAAAAAAAUGUUUUGUAUGAAGACAAGUUACAUCAGAUAUCUCGCCAGUUUGGAAUCUCACUUGACCUGCCGGGGGUCUAAAUCUAAAUUCUUGUAAGAACAUGAUCCAUAAUCCAUAUAAUUGUAUGAACUAAGCUUAUGAAAUUUACAUUUUAAUAUGCUAGUUUUCAUGUGGAGCCAGUUCAGGUGCAGUUUACUAGGAAGCCAUAUACAUGACUGUACUGCUUCCCGACAUGAUAAUUUUAUAGUAAAGGUGAGCUGCAGUGUUUUUAAUUUUCACAAAAAUUGUUAUCCUCAAGCUCCCUCAAGAUUGUGUAAUUUUUUUUUUUUUUUUUGUGAAAAUAAUUAUUAUAUUUUUAAUAAAAAUAUUGACAACUAUUCAGGGUAACAUUGUAUGGAAAAUGUUCAUCACUCACCUCCCUCUGUUUUUUUAAAUACGACGUUAUUUUUAGUGCGCAUCAUUUAUGUUUGCCUAAAUGUAACAGUUUUUGUGAUGUUGGAAUUGACAGUAUAAUGAAUGAUCAAGGGUUGCCUUUAUACCACGGCGUUCAGUUGCUAAAUGCAAGGGGGACAAGCCAUGACUCUUGGAGCAAAUCAUAGACUGUCUACACAUUUGUUUCUGGCCAAAAAUAAGCUACAAAAUAACAGAAAAAUGUAACACAGUCAUCACCAUGUGUGUUUUCUGAUAAGUUUCAGCUCAAUAAACAUUUGCAGUUCACCUUUAAGAAUUUUUUGCCUCUAGUUUCACAUGAGAUAGGUCAUAUGUCCGUCCGGAAUUUGUCAUGUAUUGUGUUAUCGCUUCCGUCCUUUUGCUUUAUUUCCAGUUGAUACUGUAUGUUAUUGUUCACUUCUUAUUUGCCGUCAGUAGUAUGGCUGUUUUAUACCCACCGCAUGGACUACUCUGAAAUUGCUAUUUUUUAACUGAAUUCAGUUCAGUUUUUAUGUGUAUGUUCAUUUAUUGCGCUAUGACAUUUUUGAAAGGAAGGCUGCAUUUAAAAUAAUGAUUUGGCAUAAUUUUAUAGAAGCAGAAAAGUAAAUCAAAUUUGCCAAGAUUGGGAGAUCUGAUCUUAUAUAGCUUGUAAACUGGAGUUAAUGUUAAUCAUGCUGUAUUUAAUAUAUGAACGUCUCUUGAAAAGAUAUGUACUGCCCAUUUGAAGCCUUCAUGUUCAAGUCAUUGUGAUGCCAUAUUCGCAGCUUGUCUUUUGGAAUUAAUGUUGAGAAAAAAACAUAUUAUUAUUAUUAUUAUUAUUUGUAGUUCAUUUUUAGUGGUGCAUACAUAUACAUGUAGUCCUAAAGGUUAAAUAUUGUGCCUAAUUUACAAUGUGCUUAAUAAACAUUUGUAUAUAUUAUGUUUAUAUGUUGAUAUUUGUGCAUGUGUAACUGUUUAUUAUUUAUUGCUUAAGGGAGCCGUACCUUAAUUCCUGAAGGUCGAAAACUUGUCUGCAUGGUUGUUCA